GCGGAAUGCAUCUUAUAAGAGAAGGAUGGAGAAAAUGUUUAGGACGAACUGAAUGAUAAAUAAACGAGAAUUUCAUUGAGAUUGACAAUUUCAAUUGAAGUGCAAUAGUUACAAAAAAAUGAAGAGUCAACAUGAAAUCCCAACUGUAUGAAGUUCAAGUUGAAGGGAAUGCCAUCCACUCAGACAGUGAUCAAUUCGAUCAUUAUCAGUUAAUAACAUGUAUGGUGUAGAUGUUAGUUUCUCAGUGGAUAUGUUUAGUGGGAUCUUGUAGGUUAGCAGCAUUAUUAUAAACAAACAUCAAACAUAACCGUUUGGACAAUUUUCUCAAUGUUGACCCCUUAGAUUACUAAAACAAUCUAAAAACGAUUCAUUGGAAUAAUAGAGAUACUUGGGAUUUAAUACAAGGAAAUGAGUUGAUUAAACUCCAUGGACAUGGCUAAGCAAGGGCUGCCCUUGGCACUUUUGUUUUUCUACCUGCAACUGGCCAGGUCUGAUGAAGAUAUUUUGUGUGCCACCAGUGUGGGUACGGUGAAUUUGAUCAGGGAUGAUGGAAAAUGGGAUAAUAUUACUUCGGAGACUACGCAGUUGAAGUGCAAUUAUUGUUUUACGUUGUGGCAAGAGACAAAUAAUGGGAAUGAGAGUAUCAUCAUGGGACAAGGUUGUUGGGAUGUUUCCGGAGAGCCUAACGAAUGCGACAAAGCUGCCUGUACGGCCAACUACAAGCCUUCGAAGAUGAUGAACAACACCAAGUUCUGCUGCUGCUCGACAAACAUGUGCAACGAAAACUUCACCGAUAUCUACCAACCGGGCGAAGAGCCACUUCUCCAAAAGCACCCAACCAAACAGUCCCACGACAUGACCUGGUUAUGGUUGUUGGUAUCGUUCGUAUGCUGUUUCAUAUUUCUCUUGUUAUGGAUCUCCUGCUGGUUGUUCGCACCGUGGAAAUCCAGCAAGAAGUUCGAGGAUGUGGAAUCUACGCAGCCACUUCCUCCUUCGACAGACUACAGUUUGGAUAAGCUGAAGCUGUUAAAUGUCAUAGGUCAAGGGAGAUAUGGAUCAGUUUGGAGGGGUGUCAUCGAUGAUCAGGAAGUCGCAGUCAAGAUGUUUCCUUCUCAUCAUCGUAACUACUUCCUCAACGAGCAUGACAUGUACAAAGCAUCCGGAGAAAAUUCAGCCCUGCUGAAGUGCUUCGGUGGUGGGGAAUAUGUCAUAAGUCCAGGUGGGCCUACUGAGUAUCUUCUACUGCUGAGCCUGGAGCAGGAGUGCCUUCAGGAGUACUUGAAAAAGCACACUUUAGAUCUUCCCACGUUGGGCAAGAUGAGCCUGGGCGUGGCCAAGGGCUUGGCACACCUUCAUUCCGAUUUGGGCAAACCAUGCAUCGCACAUCGAGAUAUUAACACCAGGAAUAUUCUUGUUAGAACGGACCUAAGUUGCUGUAUUUGCGACCUGGGCCUGGCAGUUACUCCAAGGGGAACUGAGAAUAGGUCUUUGACAGAAGCAGGCACCUUGAGAUAUAUGGCGCCCGAAGUGCUAGAGGGCGCUGUCAACCUCAGGGACUGCGAGAGCGCCUUGAAACAGAUCGACGUCUACUCCCUCGGUCUGGUUCUGUGGGAGCUGGGCGUGAGGUGCGUGGACAUGCAGAACGGCGAGCCACGCCCCUACGCGCCGCCCUUCUACGAGGAGGCGGGCGAGAACCCCAGUCUGGAACAGAUGCAGACGUUGGUCAGCAGGAGGAAGGUGAGGCCUUUGUGGCCGCAAUCGUGGAAAGACACCGCGGCGGCGAGGCUUCUCUGCGAGACGGCCGAAGACUGUUGGGAUCAGGACGCCGAAGCUCGUCUUACCUCGCUUUGCGUAGUCGAACGCCUCCUCGAGCUGCCCCACCUCAAGGGGCGUGUCCUCCACCCGAUGCACCCGCCCGCCAGCCCCACCCCCCUAAUCAACAACAACCACCUGCACGACCGCGACCGAAGACAGAUCGACGUAUCCGUCAGGACCAUAGAGACCCUCCUGUCGCCCACCGAAGAGAACUGCAAGAACUCAAACCAGCUGGCGGCCUACAAGACGCCCAUGCAGCCCUACCAGGGCCGCAACCCCUGCCUGGAGCGCAACCUGAACUCGGGAUCCAGCGACAACCUGCUCAUCGACAAAUCGCUCAAACACCACUCUAGCGCGAACUCCGAGUCGCAGAACCUGGUGACCAAUGAUUUCCUCGAGUUCCAGAUCAACCACAGGGCCACGCCCAUCCCCUACCUCCAGAACGCGGUGCGCGGUAGUCCGAAGAGGCGUAACGACGCUGAGGAUAGAGGCGGGGCGAGGAAUGGUGGUAGAUCGAGGAGGUUCCGAUGGAACGACUUGAAGAAGUUCUUCGGAGGCAAGAGACACAAUGACGGCCGAGACCGUAGGCAGACGCAGGUGAAGCUCAACAGCAAGCUGAUCAACGGCUACGGACGCAACGGUGUCACUACCACCCUGUUAGGCGAGCAGAGAGAGGCGGUGAGACCGUCCACGUUGCCGCUAUCGCUGGCCACGCCCAAAGAGGCGUCGAAUUCCACGUCGGGCGUGGCCCAGAUCAUGAAAUCGAGGAACGGAAGCGGAACCAUUUCCAGGAGACAGUCGAUCGAGCACUUCAACGAGGUGUUCUGCUCCACCACGGACCUGUCCAGACUGAAGGACCCUUCGAGCAGGAUCAAGACUCCGGGUGACGUGCCGCCAUCUGUGAGACGGACCAGAGGUAAGGCGGCGAAAGAUUCGACGACGAGGUUCUCGCUGUACGACGACAGGAUCAUGUGUCGAGGCCAGUGGGGUAGUGCGCCGGAUUUGGAGCCUCAGGCCCCCCUCAGAAACCCCCAGAUGAACGACCUUCAGGACAGGGAUAGUAUAAGUAGUUUUUAAGGAACGAGACGGGAGGGUGUGUUCGGUUGGUCAUAACCAAAAAAGUAACGUCGGUGGGCGGUGACUAGAUACAUUAAAAGGCGGAGACUAAAGGAUCAAUCCGGUGGAUUGGUUGCCCCUCUUCGCCGCUGUAUCGAUAUCUGGUCACUGCGAUUAAAAUAUAGGUGCAGUGCCCUCUAUUGUCAGGUUUAAGUUUCUUCGGUUGGCGUAACUGGUCCUCGAAAUCAGAGUUGCUGACCAUCAUCACUGUUGACCAAGAAAGCAAAGGUCCAAUAUUAAGAUAUUUCCCUCUUCGCUUGAAAGAUGUAGUGGCGAUUGAAAUGGACCGGUUGUAUAAAUCCAACUCCUUUCAAAGUUAACCUAACUGACAUAAUUAUAAGUUGACAGAUUUUAUGACAGAUUAAAAAGAAAUCUCUGACAUAACCAAUGAGUAAUAGCCAUUAUGUCGAAUAACGUACUAAUUUUAUAUUCUUGUUUGUUUUAUUAUCAUUGUUGAUGAGAAUUUUAAAUUAUUUAUUUUUGGGUGUUUUACAUUCAUUCAGUUGCGGUUUUUGAAAUUUUAAAUAUUUAUUUUUUAUAUAUUUCUUUUUUGAAUAAAAAAAAAAAUUUUUGGAUUGUUGAAAUAAUUUGGACGUGGUGAAUUGAAAUUUGCAGUUUUUGUAGGUGGCUGUGAAAAUUUAACUACAAUUUUAGGAGUGUAAUAUUUUUCCUUUACAUUUCGACAAAGUAUUCGAUAAAAAUAAUGGAAUUUUAUCUCUUAUACAUUCCAUCAAAUCAAGAAAAGGAAAUAUUACAUGAAUUAUUAACAAAGUGAUGUAUUUACUGUUUUUUGUUUAUGACCAAGAUAGGAUAAAUUAUAAUUCAUGAAAUUGCAAGAAAACCAUUUCUUCAUCGAUGUGCAUGUUUUCCGAUUGUCCAGACAAUAUUUUUAAGUCUGAAAUAAUAUUAUGUUGAUCGGCAUAAUAUGAUUUUUUUCAUUAGGAUUAUCAGUUUCAAUGUUUUAUAAACAUUUCAACAAUAAAAGCUGGUAUAUAGGGCCAUAAUAAACGAAUCGAUAUGAAGAUCCCUUCAAUCCCUUAUUCUUCAAAAGUAUCAAUUUUUUUUAGAUCACCGUUACAUAUUCAUUAAGAGUGAAUUAUAUCUAAGGUAUUAUUUCAUUUUAUAUUUCAAUCGUAAUGGGUUGAAUUUUUUUACCGAGACUUCUUUUUGGAAUUUUUUUUAGCAUUAAUGAAAGUAUGAUGAAUAGACAGUGAAAGAAGUAUUAAACAGAACCAGAUUAGGAAGUUAACAGUUUAGCUCAGUCAACAAAUUACCUCGACAGAGGAGUUAACGAGAAACGUGAAAUUACCUAAGAAUUUUUAUAAUUUGCUGACUGGGCUACUUUAGAAUCUCGCAUCAAAUCGGAAUUUAUUCAAAUAAAAAAAUUUAACGUACCAUGAGAUUGAAAAUGCCUUGUCAAACUUGUUCAUAAAGAUAGUUCUUCGAAAUAAACCUUGCAUAAUAGGAAAUAUACCUGUUUAAAUAAUUAAUGGACAUGUGAUAAAUAUUGAAAUUAGUUGACUAGAAAAUAUCGGUACAAGUAUCGUAAUUUCCUUGAGAAUACACAAGUGUAAAAAUGUAACCUAUAUAAUCCCUAAAGUUAAGAAUUUUCACCUUUUCAACUUUAUUUAAACCACCAAGUUUAUAAUUUGAAUAUUCACUCAAAAUAUAUUUUGGCUGUGUUUCAUUGUGCUAUUUUUUUUAUCAAUGUUUUAAGCACGUUUUUGGCACUUGUAAUGUUUUUAUUUAAGUCUGAUUAUUUUAAUGAAUUCCAGUGACAUUUUUAUGAAAAUGCAAAAUAUAUUCGAAUACCU